UCGAAGGAGGCGCAAUGACUGCGAAAUUAAAGAGAGUGGAAAUUGAGAACUUCAAGUCGUUUAGAGGCUUAAAUAGAAUUGGUCCUUUGAAACAGUUUUCAGUUGUGACUGGUCCAAAUGGCUCAGGUAAAUCAAAUUUUAUGGAUGCUGUCAGUUUUGGUGCUUGUGUGAAAACAAGCCAUUUACGUGCUCACCAGGUGUCUCAUUUGGCACACAGUACAAGCACCCUCGAUUCUAGAAGCACCGCAGUGACAAUUGUACUUGAAUUAAGUGAUGCAGUGGAGAUAUAUUUAACAAGAAGACUCAUGGGAAAUGUAUCUAAAUAUAUGAUAGACCAGCAGUUAAGAGUUGGGACAGUGUUGUGUGUGAUGCUGUAA